CUCAUAAGUCAUAACAGAAGCUUAUACUACGUAUUUAUGAAUUGGACAGAAUCCACAACACAUUAUUUGAUGACUCUCUCUCUCUCUCUCUCUCAGGAUGAGCAAACCGGAUGUCCACUGAGUAGCCAAAAGAAGAGAAGGUGGGGCUUUUGUUAAUACUGUGGAAAAUAUUCAAUUAGACUAAAAUGGCAGCUGCAGUUGCUUCACCAUCUUUGGAUAUUUUAGUUCGAGACCAAGAAGGAUUUUCCAUUUGGACUGGUCCGCCUUUCGAAAAUGGUCAACCAAAUACCAAGAUGCCUAAAGUUCCUUGCGCCAGUGCCACAUUUACUGAAGAUGGAUCUAGGCUAAUGGUGAUUAAACCUGACAGCAUUAUCAGUAUAUAUGAUUGUAAGACCUACAAGGAGAUCAGAUCAUUUCAAGUUCCAAACUUUGCUGCUGCAAAUUUAUCUCCCCGUGGGACUUACCUUCAGACAUUUCAGAAACAAUCGUCACCUCAGGAGAAAAAUGUGAACUUAUGGAGUGUAGAGACUGGUGCUUCUGUGUAUAACUUUUCUCAAAAGAAUAUGAGUAAAACAACAUGGCCUUCUAUUCGGUUCAGCUCUGAUGAAGCUGCUGCAUCUCGGCUUGCCACAAAUGAAAUACAGUUUUUUGAUCCUGCUGAUUUCUCUAAAGGAUUUGUAUCUCGCCUCAAAGUCCCAGGAGUAGCGGCAGUUCAACUUUCCAAGUUGCCUGGUUCACAUGUUGCUACGUUUGUUCCUGAAUCCAAGGGAGUUCCUGCAAGUGUCCAGAUAUUUGCCUGUGGAAGCGAUGCCUCUAACCAGCCUCUUGCCCGACGCAGUUUCUUCCGUUGUUCAACUGUGCAAUUACAUUGGAAUUAUGGUUCUACUGGUCUUCUAGCUGUGGCUCAAGCAGAUGUUGACAAAACCAACCAGAGUUAUUAUGGAGAGUCAAAAUUAAGUUAUUUGACAACCGAUGGAGCUCAUGAAGGACUUGUACCUCUUCGCAAGGAGGGACCCAUUCAUGAUGUUCAGUGGUCCUGCACUGGUUCAGAAUUUGCUGUUGUCUAUGGAUUUAUGCCUGCUAAAGCUACAGUGUUCGACAGGAAGUGCAAUCCCCUUCUUGAGCUUGGCUCAGGCCCGUACAACACCAUCAAAUGGAAUCCCAAGGGAAGAUUUUUGUGCUUGGCUGGUUUCGGAAACUUACCUGGUGAUAUGGCUUUCUGGGAUUGCACAGAGAAAAAGCAGCUUGGAACAACUAAAGCCGAGUGGUCGGUUAUUAGUGAAUGGUCGCCUAAUGGCUGCUUCUUUAUGACCGCUUCAACGGCACCAAGACGUCAGAUUGAUAAUGGGAUUAAGAUUUUUCACCACAAUGGAUCAUUGUAUUACAAGAAGAUGUUCGACAAGUUGUUCCAGGCUGAUUGGAAACCAGAAUCAGCAGACAGGUUUGGUGAUAUUGCUGAACUUGUGAAGUCUGUUGGUUCAUUGAAGAUUGAGGAAACCAAAUCACAAGGACAAGGGUCGAAACCUUCCCAGAAUGCUACAAAAGCCAACCCAACAAAUCUUCCACAGAAACCUUCUGCAUAUCGACCUCCUCAUGCUAAGCAAGCAGCUUCUGUCAAGGCAGAGCUACUUGGAGGAAUGGAUACACAGGAAAUGAGCAAAAAUGCUUUGAAAAACAAGAAAAAGCGAGAAAAACAGCGGGAAAAGAAAGCAGCUGAGGGUUCUGGCAGCAACCCUUGAUCAAGUGCUGGGUUAAUGUUAAUGUUAAUUUUAAUGUUUAUGUAUGGCAUGCGGCGGAGAUUGGUUUUCACCAAGUCCCUAAAAUGCAGGCUCAGGAGGAUUGGUUUUCACCAAUAGCAGCACAAUUUUGGGUGUGAACUAUUUAAGUUUCGAGUGUCAUACUGAUGUACACUAUUAAAGACUAGGUGAAAUGUAUCACUCAGAUCUCUGCCACUUUACUAAAAAGAUCAUUUUGACUUUGUAUAAUCUUUAUCAAGUCUUACAUUUUAAGCAGUUGCGAAUGUGAGGCUAACACAUGGUCAAAUAAGCAAGUAUGACGACUAAGGGAUUUUGAGUAACAGCCCUUCCCUAGAGGCUAAAGUCCAUCAUGCUGUACUAAAGAUUAUUAUUAUGUAAUUGUUCCAGUUUCUUUCCUUUAA